GAAAAUUAUUCAACCAUAGAAAGGAAUGAAGUAUCAUUAUGUGCUCCAACCUGAAUGAACCUUGAAAACAUUAUGCUAAGUGAAAGAAUCCAGAUACAAAAUGCCAUAUUUUAUGUAACUCCAUGUAUAUGAAAUGUCCAGAAUAGGCAAAUCCAUAGAGACAGAAAAUAGAUUAGUGGUUGCCAGGAGGGGGAUGAGCAGUGAUUGCUAAAUGGGUGCAGGGUUUUGUUUUGGAUUGAUGAAAAUAUUCUAAAAUCAAGUGAGCUAGUAGUUGCUCAACUCUGCAAAUAUACUGAAAACCACUGAAUUGCACACUUUAACUGAACUAAUUAUGUGACACAUGAAUGACAUAUCAAUAAAGCUUUUACCAAAAAAUAUUGUUCCAGAUCUGGCCAUUCCGUGUCCCUUUCAGCUAGCUCUUGGGUCCAUUUGACAUGCCUCAUUCUAUAUUUUGAGCAACGCUUUUUGCACUUCAUCUUAGGCAAAAGGCCGAAGAGUGAUUGAGCACUUUUUAAAUUUCUGGUACAACAAGAUGAUUCAGACAUCUCUUUCCUGCUCCAGCCUGGGAAUCAGCCAUAUUUCCUAGAGUCCCGAUUCCCUUUUAUGUGGAAUCUGAACCAAGAUCUGGGCAUUAUUUCAUUUAAUCAUCACAACAACACUACUAGGUAGGUAUUAGCCUAUCUUCAUUUUACAAAUGAGGCCCAGAAAGGUUGAGUAUGUUGCCCAAGGUCACAUAGCAGCCCAGGAUUUGAAAGCCCUUGCUGGGGCCCUUGCUGUUCAACACACAAACAGGCACACACACAAUGUGAAAGUGAAGGUAUGUCUACAGCCAGCCCACCAAGAAUUGUACCAGGCAAGGUAUGCCCUUGGGAAAAAUCAUGUGUCAUGUGUCUGGGAGAUGGGGUGGUGGGGAGAUUAACACCCAGUGUCCUGGCUCUCCUUCUAAAAGUACAUGCUCAGAUACACACACACACAAAUGCUGGUGAAGAUGGUCUUCAGUAAUCUCUUUUGCUAGCCUCACUCCCCAUCCUUAUACUCAAAUACUACCCAUAGCUGGGCGCCCGUAUAAGAGGACCUACAGAUGAAAUAAGAUUGGCCAGGUGUGGUGCUUCAUGCCUAUAAGCCCAGCAAUUUGGGAGGCUGAGAUGGGAAGACCACUUGAGGCCAGGAGUUCAAGACCAGCCUGGUCAACAUAGUGAGACUCCCCGUCUCUAAAAAAUAAAAAAUAAAAAAAAACAAAAACGAACAACAAAGAAAGAUUGGCCUUGGUUUCUAAAUGUUGAAGCUCAGAAGUGGGUAUAUGGAGGUUCAUGAUACUAUUCUCUCUUCUUUUGUAAAUGUUUAAUUUUCCAUGAUAAAAAAAAUCUAUAAAAUUCUAAACAAGAGAAAAGAGAUUGGAAACGCCAGGUUGGAGCAAUGAGUGAGUAAGGAAAUCUGGCUGCUGCCCCCAGAUUCCCCAGGCUCUCAGAGAAGAUCAGCAGAAAGUCUGCGAGACCCUAAGAACCAUCAGCCUUCAGCUGCAUCUCCUCCCCUCCGACGAUGACAAAGGUGCUACUCAUCUACGUGGUCAGCAGCUUCCUUGCCCUAAAUCAGGCCAGCCUCAUCAGUCGCUGUGACUUGGCCCAGGUGCUGCAGCAGGAGGACCUGGAUGGGUUUGAGGGCUACUCCCUGAGUCACUGGCUGUGCCUGGCUUUUGUGGAAAGCAAGUUCAACAUAUCAAAGAUCAAUGAAAAUGCAGAUGGCAGCUUUGACUAUGGCCUCUUCCAGAUCAACAGCCACUACUGGUGCAAUGAUCAUAAGAGUCACUCAGAAAACCUUUGCCAUGUGGACUGUCAAGAUCUGCUGAAUCCCAACCUUCUCGCAGGCAUCCACUGCGCAAAAAGGAUUGUGUCUGGAGCAGGAGGGAUGAACAACUGGGCAAAAUGGAGGUUGCACUGUUCAGGCCGGCCACUCUCCUACUGGAUGACAGGAUGCCACCUGGGAUGAAACAGCGUGAGGGUGCACCAUGAAGUCAUUCCAAGACUCCUGUCCUCACUCAGGGAUUCUUCAUUUCUUCUUCCUAUUGCCUCAACUUCAUGUCAUUUUCUUCCCUUCCCAUUUAGAAGUAAAACUGACCAGAGCCCCAAGAAUAAAUGGUUUUCUUGGCUUCCUCCUUGCUCCCAUCUGAACCCAGUCCCCUGGUUCCUGUCUGUCAUUUGCAAACUAAGAACCACAAUAAAGAAAUUUCUAUAGUUUUUGAAAUAUUAAAGCACUCACCCUGCAAA